AUGCGGCCAAUAACCUAUGUCUCAUCCGUAUGCCUGUUAACAAGGCUCGCCGUUGGUAAUUCAUUUGCUGUUAUCAAUAACCAGGGGGUAUGCAGGAUAUGGUCUGAAGGGAACCACGGCUGCACCGGCUACUCGGAGCCCUUCGCCAAAUUCGACGGAAAAGACUGUUCGAGUGAGUCCUUACGAUUUUAUAUAAACGGGACCAGCACUGAUGCAACGGUGCUCAAGCUUGACAUUUGUGGUACGGAGAAUGGAGGACAGGCUGCGUGGGUGACUGUGGACAAAAACAGCAGUGUUUCUUUUAUAAAUCAACAAGGAGAAACUUCCAAGUGCGUACUUGAUAAUGAUUUCAAAGUUGGCAGCAAGUGUAAGGACGACAACACUGGUUCAUCUGGGUCUAGUUGUUCGACAACUAGUUUAAGACAACAUCCAGCCCAAAACACCAAUACCUGCGCUUGCAACUAG